ACUUGACAAUGACGACUUGAAGACAACACUGACUCCUGGUGUUUGUUUUCUGAUCUUCCUGCACCUCUCGUACUCUAGCCCCAGCUGCCAGCUCCAGCCUCCGACCUCUCUCCGAAGCCGGUUCGCUUAUGUCCCACCUGCCCCCCUGAGCGGACGCAGAGACCCAGGUUGCUGAUGACAUGCUUGGCAGGAGGCUUCCAUUGGGUUGGAGCCAUGAUGUCAUAAUGCAGGUGGCUGACAUCAGGCAACUAGGUGCAACUCCAUGGUGCCGUGCUGGAGCCGAGAUGGCUGCUUAUCUGGGGUCCCAGCUGUGGAAGCGCCACUCCAUACAUGUGGAGAAGGAAGCCAAGAAAACAGAGCAGAAGAUCAAUUUCAAAGACAUCAUAAGCAUCCAGGAUAACUGGGACAUGGAGGAGUUUGUCUCAAAGGUGUGCAUGGGCAGGUUUCUCAAUCACCCCGCCUUUAAAGUCACGCUGGCUGCGCUCAUCAUCGGGAAUGCGUUCAUCAUCGCUAGCCGGACGGAGGUGAAGAUCGAAGAGAAAUUCUAUGGGUUGUUCUCUGCCAUAGAUAACAUUGUCCUGACUGUCCUUACCUGUGAGGUGCUGCUCAACUGGUACUAUGGAUUCUGGAUGUACUGGAAGGACGGUUGGAACGUUGUCAAUUUUUGUAUCGUGGUGUAUCUCUGCGUGGGGCCUUUCAUCCCUGUGCUGAACAACCAAAAGAUUUUUCGAGUUGUCAGGGUGAUGAGGCUGAUGCAAAUCUGCACGCUGGUCGAGGGGCUGGCCAGGAUGAUCCGAGUGAUCCUCAAAUCCAUCCCAGACAUGGCCAACAUCAUGGUCCUGCUCUUUACCAUCAUGCUGGUUUUCUCUGUGUUCGGCGUGACGUUCUUUGGAAAUCUGGUCCCGAUGUACUUUGGAAAUCUAGGGGUGGCUUUGUAUUCGCUCUUCAUCUGCCUCACGCAGGACGGGUGGCUGAACAUUUACCAGAGCUUUGUGGAUGAAGGAAUUACCAUGAAAAUAGGGGGAAGCCUUUACUUUUUCAUCUUCAUCACGGGCGGGGCCUUCAUCUGCACCAACCUGCUGGUGGCCGUGCUGACGUCCAACCUGGAGCAGACAAUGGUUGCCUACACUGAGGAGAAGCAGAAAAGAGACCAGCUCCUCCACCCUGACAAGUAUGCGGACUGGGAGUCAGAUGUUGGGGGUGACGACAUGUCUCCCGAGCUGAACCUGGUGCAUUUGAAGGAAGUGAUCCAGGAUAGCGCCACGACGAAUCGCCAGACGCCGCUGAGCUACGGCAGCCUGGGCAACCUCACCGAAGCUACCUGUGACGAUUUCUGUCUGGUCUUGGAAGGCAUCCAAGAGAACCUGAAAAGAUACAAAGAGAUCCGGAAUGAGCUUAAUGCAAUAGUCAAGGAGGUGAGGGCCAUCGAGUUCAAUAAAGAACAGGAGGAGGAGAGGGUGCUGCGAAAUGUCCAGAACAGCACGAUCUCCGAAGGCCUGCUUUCUAACGAGGUGGCUGCCGGGAGGUCUGGAGAUAUCCUGUCCACACUGAUGACUCUGGAGAAGGCAAACAUGAUUGACCCCGAGGAUGCUACGUCAUCUGGAUACCACAAGGGGGCAGUGAGGAUGGCUUUCCUGAAAGCCCGACACCAGUCGCUUCUUAACCAGUCACUCCCACCGUAGCCAGGCUGGACUGGGACUGCAGAGCUGCGAGUGGGAAUCUCCCACAAAGCGUGGAGCUGAGAGUGGACGGGCGGUGUCAAUGCUUCCUUUGAUGCUUCUGUCUUUGGAACAGCGCAUGGGACCCAGGGCUCAGCACUCCAAGGAGCUCUCACCAUGAAACACCAGCUUCUCGGUGGAGACAGCCAGCACGAGAGCAGUGGCAGGAGGAGGAGGUGGCUUGGCUCCAUGCCAGGUGGCCCAUGUUUGCUGGGUCCGUUUGGGUGACUCUGAUGUGGUUUGGAUUGUCUGCGGUUUGGAUGCCAUGUCCAGAGGGUUCGUGGUUUGGUGCCUUCAAACAAAGAACAUCAGAGAGAAGAGUUGCCGCAGAGUCUGUGGUCAGAGCAUCAGCUCACGUCCUUUCCCCCAGAGCACCCGGGCAUGUGUCUGUGUAGGCCUUGGGAGACUUCACCGGUGGGUAUAUUGGGAACAGAACCCCCCCGGCAGGAGGAGCAGGAUGAAGCAAUGCUGCCCUGGGCACCUAAAAGGGGCUUCCCUUGCAGUGAAAAGAGUGGACACGAUGUCUAAAUCUGGGGGGAGCAGAAGACGUGUUCUCACGUUGUCCUAGCUGAUGUCUCCGGGAGACUCUCCCGCCAGCUACAGGGAAGUCCAGGCCGAGUUUGCACAGCCUGCGCAGGGAGUGGGAAAGGGCUGAUGACAUUUUCCGCUGUUCAUACCAAGUCCUGCCUCAAGUUCUCUGCCCCGGCUGCCCACGAUGGUGAGUGACAACCCGAUGAAGUGCUGACGCCUCCCCGGGUGGGAUCAUUUCACUGUCCAAAGCCAAGAGGUGCCCCCAUCUCACACUUGCGUUUCCCACCCAGAGCCCUCCCCAUGCCGGCUGCAGAAGGUGAUUGCCCUGCUUCAGCUGUGGCAGCCCCAGCGUUUGCUGGAGUGGAUGCACUUGGGGAGCAGGGUGUUGAAAUGAGCAGGGUCUGGGGAAAGUAGCUGGUGUCAGCAUGGCAUAUUUGAGACUAAUGCUCAUCAAGAAGAGCGUGUGUCGUAUCGACCGUGCUUGAGCGGAUCUCGGGUGAGCGAUCGUAAUAAAGAACC